AUGCCGGGCCCCUGCGGCACGCCGCCUGCCCGAGUGAAGAGAGGAGCAUCUGAGCGCAUGCGAUCCCGUCGGCGAGCGCCCCCGCGGCAGCGCGGGCGGACGCGCGCGGCGCGCGGCGGCGCGCUGCGGCGCGAGGCGUCGGCGUGGCGCAGGGCGCGCGGGGCCGGGCGGCGCUGCCCGCCGCCGGCGCCGCGCCGCGCCGCGCCGCACGGGCUGGGCGCCGCCGUGGGCGCGGUGGCUCGACCGGUGGCGGCGGGCGCCGCGCGCGCGCCUCCGCGCCGCGCGGGCCACCAACGACUCGCAGCGCCCUCGAGCUGGCCGUGCUGUGGCCCACCUGGCCCGUCGGUGCAAGGGCUCGUCAUCGGGCACCAUCAUCGGGCCGCUUGCUUGAGGCAACGCGGCUCUCAAUCAUCCCAGCGUUUCCGGCCGCCCACCCCGCGAAGCUUGCGCAUCAUCACCAACUACUACGUGGUGUCGCUGGCGUUCGCCGACCUGCUGGUGGCGCUGUGCGCGAUGACGUUCAACGCGAGCGUGGAGCUGACGGGCGGCGUGUGGCUCUUCGGGUACUUCAUGUGCGACGUGUGGAACUCUCUGGACGUGUACUUCUCCACCGCCUCCAUCCUGCACCUGUGCUGCAUCUCGGUGGACCGCUACUACGCCAUCGUGCGGCCGCUCGAGUACCCCAUCACCAUGACGCACCGCACCGUGUCCUUCAUGCUGGCCAACGUGUGGGUGCUGCCCGCGCUCAUCUCCUUCACCCCCAUCUUCCUCGGCUGGUACACCACCGAGGAGCACCAGCACUUCCGCGCGGAGCACCCGGACGUGUGCAUCUUCGUGGUGAACAAGUACUACUGCAUCAUCUCGUCGUCGGUGUCGUUCUGGAUCCCCGGUGUGGUGAUGGUGACGAUGUACUGUCGCAUCUACAAAGAAGCCGUUCGCCAGAGAAGAGCUCUGUCGCGGACGUCCAGCAACAUCCUCCUCAACAGCAUCCACCAGCACCACACCAGCCACCACAACCACCACAGCCACCACUACCACCGGCCCAGCACCGAGUUCGACCUGCCGGUGCCGCUGACGGCCUACCAGCCCGGCAGCCGGCAGUCGUCCUCGGGGUCGGGCUACGCACCGCCCAGCGGCAAGGCCGCCACGGAGCUAAACAUGAACGGUGAGGGGCGCUGCGCUCUCCCCCACCUCUGCAUGCACGGAGUCCUUGGAAGCAAUUGUAUUAAAGUGUUCCUUUUGUGA